UGCAUAAAUACAAGGUCCACAACCCCAACCAGGAACACAAAGCAGAGACAAGAACAAGAGUAGCCAGUCAAAACAAAGACGGAAGACAACUAAGACUGAAGGAGAAACACCUUUGAUCCGCAGGGGAGAAGCAUUUUGAAUUUUUUGGUGUCACUGAGCACUUGCUGACUGCAAACUCUAGAUUUUUGAGUAUUUGGGAACAGUAGUACAGUAGAUCUCAUCAUGAGAUACUGUGCUUCAGUUGCGUGUUUGCUUUUGGGGAUAAGUGUGCAGGUGAUAUGGAGCGUUCCCCUCAAGUCCAAGUAUAUCACCUUCCCAGGAGACAUCCUCAAAAACAUGACUGACUCGGAGCUGGCAGAAAAUUAUUUAAAGAAGUUUGGCUACAUGGAAACCCUGCACCGCAGUGGCUUCCAGUCGAUGGUGUCCACUUCCAAGGCUUUGAAGAGGAUGCAGAGGCAGAUGGGGCUGAAGGAGACUGGGGAGCUGGAUAAGUCAACCCUAGAGGCCAUGAAACAGCCUCGCUGUGGGGUUCCCGAUGUGGGCAACUAUAAAACCUUUGAUGGAGACCUCAAAUGGGACCACAAUGAUGUUACUUAUAGGAUAUUAAAUUAUUCUCCAGACAUGGAGAGCUCUCUGAUCGAUGACGCCUUCGCCCGAGCCUUCAAGGUGUGGAGCGACGUGACCCCUCUGACCUUUACCCGCCUCUUCAGUGGCGAGGCUGACAUCAUGAUUUCAUUUGGAAAAGCCGAUCACGGAGACCCAUACCCAUUUGACGGUAAGGAUGGCCUUCUGGCCCACGCCUACCCUCCAGGUCCGGGUAUGCAGGGAGAUGCCCACUUUGACGACGAUGAGCACUGGACCCUGGGAAAAGGACCAGCUGUGAAGACUCGCUAUGGGAAUGCAGAUGGUGCCAUGUGUCACUUCCCCUUCACCUUCGAGGGCAAAUCUUACACCACCUGUACCACUGAGGGCCGCACAGACGACCUGCCAUGGUGCUCAACCACAGCCGACUACGACAAUGACAAGAAAUUCGGCUUCUGCCCAAGUGAACUUCUGUACACAUUUGGAGGAAAUGCCGAUGGAGCUGAGUGCGUCUUCCCUUUCAUCUUUCUGGGGGAGGAGUAUGACAGCUGUACCACAGAGGGUCGCAGUGAUGGCUACCGCUGGUGCGCCACCACAGACAACUUUGACAAAGACAAGAAAUUUGGAUUCUGUCCCAGUCGUGACACUGCUGUGAUUGGUGGAAACUCAGAGGGCGAGCCCUGCCACUUCCCCUUCGUGUUCCUGGGUCAGAAGUACACUUCAUGCACAAGUGAGGGACGAGGAGAUGGCAAGCUGUGGUGCGGCACCACUGACAACUAUGAUGAAGACAAGAAAUGGGGCUUCUGUCCCGACCAAGGUUAUAGUCUGUUCCUGGUGGCAGCCCAUGAGUUUGGUCAUGCCCUUGGCCUGGAUCACUCCAGCAUCAGAGAGGCUCUGAUGUACCCCAUGUACAGCUAUGUGGAGGACUUCUCUCUGCAUGAAGACGACAUCGAAGGCAUCCAAUAUCUCUAUGGAAGCAAAACAGGCCCUGACCCCGAACCCCCAACCCCCACCACUACCACCACCAGCGCCACCACCACCAGCGCCACCACCACCGCUGUAACCCCUGUGGAUCCGACCAAAGACGCCUGCAAGAUUACCAAGUUCGACACCAUCACUGUGAUUGCAGGAGAACUCCAUUUCUUCAAAGAUGGACUUUACUGGAAGAUGUCCAGCGGCAGAGAAGCAGAACUCAAAGGACCCUUUUCCAUUUCUGACAAGUGGACAGCACUGCCAGCUGUCAUUGACUCUGCCUUCGAGGACGUUCUGACCAGGAAACAAUACUUCUUCUCAGGGACCAGAUUCUGGGUGUACCAAGGAAACAACGUUUUGGGUCCUCGCAGCAUUGAGAAGCUCGGCCUGCCCAACACCAUUCAGAAGGUGGAGGGAGCUCUGCAGAGGGGGAAAGGCAAAGUGCUGCUCUUCAGUGGAGAGAACUUUUGGAGGCUUGAUGUUAAGGCCCAGAAAAUCGACAGAGGCUACCCCAGAUACACUGAUGCCCACUUUGGUGGUGUUCCUAAUGAUGCUCAUGAUGUGUUCCACUACAAUGGUCACAUCUAUUUCUGCAGGGAUCGCUUCUACUGGCGGAUGAACUCCCGCAGGCAGGUGGACCGUGUUGGCUAUGUGAAAUACGACCUCCUCAGCUGCUCAGAUUCCUCCAGCACUCGCUACUGAGGAGAUGAAUGCACAGAUGAGCUGGGAAUUGUCUGUAAUGCGGCAGCACCUAUUUCUCUCUUUCUCUCUGUGCAGGUGUCAGGGAGAAUGUGAUGCAGUGUUUAUGUAUAGCGCCUGUUGUAAGAUGCGUGUGCUUUCUGAGAUGUGAAUAAUUAGGCCUUCACUAAUGUUGACCAAUUGCAAAACAUGCAGCAUUGGCCUAAAUAUAGGUACAGGAACGCAAAUUGCGACCUUUGGCACUGCCCUGCCCUCAGUCUGAUAAUCUGUGAACUGAUGGUAACUGUGGCUUGUAACCACAACUUUCCUAUUCUCAAAUGCUGUCUGGAUCAGAGUCUAGAUUUGCUGAAUAAUUCUGAUGUCUGACAGGCUCAGACUCUUAACAGUAUUGGAUUAUUUUGGUAUUUAUAGCAAUAUCUAAUAUUAUUUUUGUGUCUCAAGCUUAUUUGUUUUGUACAUGUUUGUUGUUUUCUGAAAAUGGCUUCAGGGCCACUUUACUUGCACUGGAAGACAAUGCUUGUCUCCUUCACUGAAAUUAUUUAUGAGUCUAAUAAAAUUUUUUGUAUUAAAGUUUAAACUUUCAAUGCAAUAAACAUUUCAUGAGAACAACUUA